ACCAUCGGUCCCUAAGAAAACUGAGCAGCAUGGUCCAGACCACGAGAUCCAGGUAAAGUCAGUUUACGCAACGCUUCCGUACGCGAACCACACACGUCCAACAAUUCCUCUCAGUCCCAGUGAUCGUUUCACUCAUCAAACAUGAUACCCUGGAUCUGAACUUUCGCCUGGAAAUGAGAUGACGACAAAUCUCCGGUUCUAGUGCUAUUUCAAUCAUCAACGAGGACAUUUCUGAAACAGAAAAAUGACUGCUUAUACGAGUUUCCAAUACGACCUGUUGGACUCCGAGGGUUACGGCUCGGCUAGCAGCCCUGAGUCGAAUCCGCGGGGCUGGACUCUCCAUCAGGAGGUCUACCCUCAGCCGCCGCGGUCCCGGGGCAGUAGCUGCGGCAGCGUCAGCUCUUUGGAUUGUCAGAAUCGCGAGUACCAAGAGAUCGGAGCCAGCAACGGGAAUUACCACGUGCCUGGUUUCAACUUCUGCGAGUUCUACGAGGGCUACUAUCAAGAAAAGACGAAGGACCACCAGGGAAAAGCUGGGUUCAGGACGAACGAUUGCCUGGAGAACGUCUACGAUGUUAGGAACGAUUACUCUAAGAACACAGAACCCAAAAUGGACCAGAGUCUGUUCGGCAAGUACGAAUUCCAGGGCCAGGAGUUCUACGGGAAGACUUACGGCAUCCCUAAAGGUGACAGUUUUUUGGCUAGGAGCAACGGCGGUCCCUACGCUCAGCAGAGAAGCGAGCUUCUUUAUUUGGGCGUGCAGGGAGUUCAGCCACAGGGCAAGUGCGACGCCGUGAGAUAUAAAAAAGACUCGGUCGAGUACGGGCAGAAGAAGGAAUCGAUGCAAAAGAUGAAGAACGGCGCGCCGGGCGUUGAGGUCCUCAGGAAGAGAAGGUUGGCGGCGAACGCGCGCGAGAGACGAAGGAUGAACAGUCUUAACGACGCGUUCGACAGGCUCAGGGACGUCGUGCCUAGUCUUGGCAACGACAGGAAGCUCAGCAAGUUCGAGACUUUGCAAAUGGCACAGACUUACAUCGCAGCGUUGUACGAAUUGCUGCAAAGGGAGUGAAUCUCUUCUCAUCAAGAGGACGGAUUUUCUCAUGAACACCAAGGAAUGUCGGUACGUAGGAAAAAAUCCGUGUUUUCCUCAGCGCCCGCAUUUCUCGAAUCACACCGAUAGAUAGUUUAAUUAGUAAUAAUUACGGCGUGCGUGGUGCUAAUGCUUCUUCCUCGUCCGGCCUUGUUCCCGGAUUCCGGCAGAUUUUUCGCAAGAUCGCGCCGCGAUAUCGAACCCUGAUACGAACCCAGAGUGUGAUGAACUCAGUUCAACGGAACGAGUGCUUGAUUAACUGCGAUUACGCUCAGAAAAUCAUCUGUCGAAUAAAAUCUCUGUUACGGUUGUAAAUAGUAGAAUCGUCGCACGGUUUCAAAUGUGUACAUACAAAGUUAGAAGCGCAUAAAUUAUAACAAUUCUGUACAUAAUCCAUUGUAAAUAGACAAACACACGACGCUCGACAUUUAGCGUAUAUAGAAUUGGAUAAUAAAAAUAAUUUCAUCUCUGCGAAUAUUCGCCAAAGAACGUAGACGUUAAGAGGAGAUUCGAAAACAAUCUAACGCAUUUAUCGGCUUUCUCGUUUCAAAAGAAUACGUGUCACUCUUGCUUGGCUCCAAUUUCGUGUAUCGCUGAAUGUAUAUAAGUUUUAUUUUUUUACUUUGAAUAAAAUCGACAGGAAGCUCGUGAUAAUAAUAAUAAUAAUCAUGCCUAUCAUUGAACCGUCGGACUUCCUUUCGUCGUUACGAAAUUUUGAGGAAAAGCAAGGACACGUUCGAGAGGAGCAAUUAGAGAUAUGCAAAAAUGAACGGACGGUCACCAGCGAGGGGGGGACCUUUGGGGGCCUCCACUUAGCAGUCAAUCACAAUUAAAUACAAUUUUGCGCGAGCUUCGGGCUCCGGUAAUGGCGCAAAAAGAGAGCAAAUUGAAAUCUCCUAGCUGACAGAAUGAUAGAUGGUGCCGGCCGGACGCGAAAACACCGGUAAAGAAAGAGAACGACCACGAUGAGAGUCGCCAAGGAACUCUGAGAAAGCCGAUUCGAAUCGUGACGAAAACGCAAAAGUCAACCCGCUACCCCCGAUUUCUCCCGCCGCCGUUCAUCGAACGCACCUAAUACCGUCUCGAUGAAAUCAUUAUCAUCCAAUCGAUUUCCAAUAAAAUUACACCAGCUGAGUUCGCAAUUUUUAAGAGAAACUUCUUAAAUUCUUGAAUAAAAUCUAGCAUGAAUUCGCUCAAUUAAGCCAUGAAUUAAUAUAGCAAAUCUGUUUGCCCUUCCUUAUAUAACUUGAUAGAAAUUGAUGCGAUUCCAGAGAGAGAGAGAGAUAUCGAUAAUGUGUUUAUGCACACGAUUUGAAUGUACGUUAAAGUCUAGUAGAAACCCGGACGGACUCGAUUCCCGUAACGCCAGGCGAGUUUUGCUGUUGACCGUGGAAAAAGGAGGAUUCGCCAUGCUGGGUUUUGUCUGCGCUCGCAGUAAAUGUAGUGGACACCAUGGAAAAAGCGUGUCACCCAAAGAAACGGUGUGCCACUCGUAGCGACCCUUAUCAUAAUUGAUUCGUUCGCCAAUUCCUCGGCCUCUUAAUGCGUCUAACGUUUAAUCCUGAUAAGACCUAAUA